AUGGCCAUCGCACUACCCGAGCACGAGGGAGAGGAGACAAAAAACAAGGAACUUCCAUGGGCGAUGCCAAGAAUCUUGAUCGAUGGCGGCAGUUCUGUGGAGAUCUUAUUCUAUGAAACAUUUAAACAAAUGGGUCUCAAAGACGAAUGUCUCGUACCCUCCACUUACAACAUAUUUGGCUUCAACAGGUCAUCAACCCGCCCAAAGGGUGAGGUAACGUUAGAAAUCCGGGUGGCAAAGAUCCUCACCCUAACCACCUUCUGGGUGGUAGAUGUACUAUCACCUUACACAGCCAUUGUGGGACGAUCCUGGGUCAACGAAAUCAAAGGAGUGGCCUCGACUUAUCAUCAAAUGCUAAGAUUUCCUACGCCUGAUGGAGUGGCAGAAAUCAUUGGAUAUCUUGUCGAAGCAAAAUACUGCUACGAGAUAGAAGUUCAAUACGGAGAGAACAAAAUAAACUCUCCAAGAGCAUAA